AUGUCGCAAACGGCUGUAAAAACAUCGUCCAUACAAUUAAGAAACAUUCACGGCCCUAUAGCAUCUUCACCAUCUACAGACUUUCACGACGACGAAGGGAGAUCAAGGUCAAGAGAUAGAUCCUGCUAUGUUGAACGUGAUGCCGCGAGUCUCAACGAAUUGACCUUCCCUGAGGGCGGCUGGCAGGCGUGGCUGGUGGUCUUUGGAUCAUUUUGUGCAAUGCUUUCGGUUUUCGGCCUCAUCAACUCGGCUGCCGUCUUUGAGUCAUAUUUCUCUGAAAACCAACUCGUUGAUCAUUCUUCAUCCGAGAUUGGAUGGAUAUUCAGCCUGUACCUUUUUAUUGUCUUCUUUGUUGGCAUUCAAGUUGGCCCCCUAUUUGACCAGUAUGGUCCCCGCGGCCUCGUUGUCGCUGGUGGUCUUUGCAUGUCUGCAAGCCUUCUCUUAUUGAGCUUAUGCAAAGAGUACUAUCAAAUCCUUCUGGCGUACUCGAUUCUAGGUGGCUUGGGUGGUGCGCUGCUAAACUCGCCCUCUUAUGGCGCUAUUGCUCACUUCUUUGACUCGCGCCGAGGCUUUGCCACGGGCAUAGCAGCCACAGCUGGUUCGAUAGGUGGAAUAGUGUAUCCCAUCUUGCUUCAGAACCUGUUUCCGACUCUGGGAUUUGGUCCGACAGCACGGAUUCUUGGCUUCAUUCUCCUGGGACUCACUGUACCCGCGACUCUCUUUAUUCGUUCUCGGCUGCCAAGGAAGGAAGGACCCGGAUCCAUCUGGCCUGACUUCACCGUCUUCCAAAAUCUCAAGUUUACCCUAUCGGCAGUCGGGAUCUUCUUCAUGGAAUGGGGUCUCUUUGUUCCCAUAACCUACAUUAUCUCUUAUGCCGCGACUCUGCCCGGCAGCAACGUUCAUUCGUAUACGAUUCUCUCCAUCCUCAACGCAACAUCAGCAGUGGGAAGGUUUUUGCCGGGCUUAGCUGCAGACAAGUACGGAAGAUUCAACAUCAUUCUCAUCACCAUCGCCCUCUGCUUCAUCACAGUUCUCGGUCUUUGGCUGCCCUCGGGCAACUCUCAACCAAUGCUCUUAGCUUUUGUGGCUAUAUUCGGUUUCGCAAGCGGAAGUAAUCUGGGCCUGGUCCCGGUAUGUCUAGGCCAAUUAUGUGACGCGAGGGAAUAUGGGCGGUAUUUGUCCACGGCAAUGAUGAUGGCCAGCUUCGGCACUCUGAGCAGUUUGCCAAUUGCUGGUGCCAUUCUCGAGGCAAAGGAAGGAGGCCAAAAUUGGAAGGGACUGAUCUUGUUUUCCGGUGUCUCUUACUUUCUUGCUUUCAUUUGCUACGCCGCGGUCAGGGUGUUUGCCGUGGGGUGGAAAAUCUCAGCAAGGUUUUAG